CGAUAACAGGAUUCUUCACUUCUAUAGUAAUUUUUUAAAUUUUGAGUACUAAAUUUGUUAUUCUUUUGUAACUUUUACAAAUAUGAAUACCUCACAGCACUCAAAGCUUGAGGCGUUGUUGCGUUAUCAGUCUCUCCCCAAGUAACCCCCUUCCCUGUUAGCUCUCACUACUAGUGGCGAUCGCCCACCGUUCCCCCACAAUUUUUCCGUCGCCGAAAGUUCGAAGCUGAUCUGGAGAUACAGAGAGAGAAUGGGAGAACCACUGGAGAGGUUGGGAUCAGAGGGAGCUGCAGGGCUGGAAUCGAGCAUGAAAGAGGAGCUUUGCAUGGAGAUCGAUCCGCCGUUCCGGGAAAAUGCUGCGACUGCUGAGGAUUGGAGGAAGGCUUUGAACAGGGUGGUACCCGCCGUGGUUGUGCUGCGGACUACCGCUUGUCGAGCAUUUGAUACUGAAGCCGCAGGUGCGAGUUAUGCCACUGGGUUUGUGAUAGAUAAGCGCCGCGGUCUCAUCCUCACCAAUCGCCAUGUGGUUAAGCCUGGACCGGUAGUUGCAGAGGCUAUGUUUGUGAAUCGUGAAGAAAUUCCUGUGUAUCCUAUAUAUAGGGAUCCGGUUCAUGAUUUUGGAUUUUUUCGUUAUGAUCCUGAUGCAAUACAAUUUCUGAGUUAUGAGGAGAUACCUCUUGCCCCUGAGGCUGCUUGCGUUGGACUAGAAAUCAGGGUGGUCGGUAAUGAUAGCGGGGAAAAGGUCUCUAUUCUAGCUGGUACACUUGCUCGUUUGGAUAGAGAUGCUCCUCAUUAUAAGAAGGAUGGUUACAACGACUUCAAUACAUUUUACAUGCAAGCUGCAUCUGGGACGAAAGGUGGUUCAAGUGGUUCCCCUGUAAUUGACUGGCAAGGCAGGGCAGUGGCCUUGAAUGCUGGAAGCAAAUCAUCAAGUGCCUCAGCUUUUUUCCUACCUUUAGAGAGAGUUGUACGAGCUUUAAGAUUUCUGCAGAAGGGCAAAGAUUCAUUCGUAAAUAAAUGGGAGGUGGUUACCAUACCUCGUGGUACGCUUCAGGCAACAUUUCUCCAUAAAGGAUUUGAUGAGACACGGCGCCUUGGUCUCCAAAGUGAAACAGAACAGGUUGUACGACAUGCAUCUCCAGUCGGGGAAACCGGAAUGCUUGUUGUUGAUUCUGUGGUGCCAGGUGGACCAGCUUAUAAGCACUUGGAGCCUGGUGAUGUGCUUGUUCGUGUUAAUGGGGAAGUAGUAACUCAGUUCCUGAAAUUUGAGACACUCCUUGAUGACAGAGUUGGCCAAGAGAUUGAAUUACAGAUUGAAAGGGGUGGCACAUUGUUGACUGUAACCUUUGUGGUUCAGGAUUUACACUCAAUAACUCCGGAGUAUUUCUUGGAAGUAGGUGGUGCGGUGAUACACCCUCUUUCCUAUCAGCAGGCCAGAAAUUUCCGUUUCAACUGUGGUCUUGUAUAUGUUACGGAGCCUGGAUAUAUGCUUUUUAGAGCGGGAGUUCCUCGGCAUGCUAUCAUCAAGAAGUUUGCUGGUGAAGAGAUAUCCCGGCUUGAAGAACUAGUCUCUAUUUUAUGCAAGUUGCCUAGAGGUGCUCGAGUGCCAUUGGAAUAUAUAAGCUACAUGGAUCGGCAUAGAAGGAAGUCUGUUCUAGUCACGAUUGAUCGCCAUGAGUGGUAUGCACCUCCUCAAAUAUACACUCGUGAUGACAGUACUGGUUUAUGGACAGCAAAGCCAGCUUUUCCACAUGACUCCCUACUACCAGCACCUGUUGCUGAUUAUACUGGUGAAUGUUUAACAAGCCAAACAGUUAUAUCAGGCACUACUGAGGCUAUUCUAAUGGAAUAUGCACAUCAAGAUAACAACCAGGAGUUGGCUGAAGGUGUUACUAGUAUGGAAUCAAACUGUGAACAUGUUUCUGGGGAACCACAUCCUCGGGAUGAUUUUGAUGCUGGAACAAAAAAAAGACAAGUGGAAGAGGAUUCAUCUGCAGAUGGGAUUGUUAUAUCUACUUGUUCCUUAGAUGAGCCAAGGGAAAAAAGGUUGCAGGAUAUGAGAGCCAUGGACCACGCAUAUUUAAGAGAUUAUCAGGGUGCAGCAGCAGCAGCAGCAGCAGCUAACGCUUCCAUAGCUGAACGUGUGAUAGAGCCCACUCUUGUUAUGUUUGAGGUUCAUGUUCCUCCACUAUCUAUGCUUGAUGGCGUCCAUUCUCAGCAUUUCUUUGGGACUGGUGUCAUUGUAUAUCAUUCUUUGAGCAUGGGAUUGGUUGCUGUUGACAAAAACACAGUUGCAGUAUCUGUGUCAGAUGUCAUGCUAUCCUUCGCUGCUUUUCCGGUUGAGAUACCUGGAGAGGUAGUUUUUCUUCAUCCUGUUCAUAAUUUUGCGAUUGUUGCAUAUGACCCUUCUGCUUUGGGAGCUGUUGGUGCCUCAGUUGUUCGUGCUGCUGAACUUCUUCCUGAGCCUGCAUUGCGUCGUGGGGAUUCUGUCUAUCUUGUGGGGUUGAGUCAAAGCUUACAGGCAACAUCAAGGAAAUCCAUUGUCACCAACCCAUGUGCUGCUCUGAAUAUUGGCUCUGCUGAUUGUCCACGUUACAGAGCAACGAAUAUGGAAGUUAUUGAGCUGGAUACAGAUUUUGGUAGUACAUUUUCGGGGGUGCUGACUGAUGAACAUGGAAGGGUUCAAGCUGUGUGGGGAAGCUUCUCAACUCAGCUGAAAUAUGGUUGUAGUACUUCAGAACAUCAAUUUGUCAGGGGCAUCCCAAUUUACACCAUCAGCCAAGUGCUUGAUAAAAUCAUAUCUGGUGCGAAUGGACCCCCUCUAUUAAUAAAUGGUGUCAAAAGGCCAAUGCCGCUUGUUAGAAUUAUGGAGGUUGAGCUCUAUCCUACUUUACUUUCGAAAGCUCGGAGUUUUGGACUUAGAGAUGAUUGGAUCCAAGCCCUUGUCAAGAAAGAUCCAAUUAGGCGUCAAGUUUUGCGUGUUAAAGGUUGUUUGGCUGGAUCAAAAGCUGAGAAUUUAUUAGAACAAGGUGACAUGGUCUUGGCAAUAAACAAAGACCCUAUUACAUGCUUCCAUGACAUAGAAAGUGCUUGUCAAGCAUUAGACAAAAAUGACGGCAAAGAUGGAAAGCUCAACCUGACUAUUUUCCGGCAGGGAUGUGAAAUUGAACUUUUUGUGGGAACAGAUGUUAGGGAUGGUAAUGGCACGACGCGCAUGAUAAACUGGUGUGGAUGUAUUGUUCAGGAUCCUCACCCAGCUGUGCGAGCUCUCGGAUUUCUUCCUGAAGAAGGACAUGGUGUGUAUGUGGUAAGGUGGUGUCAUGGGAGUCCCGUACACAGAUAUGGGUUGUAUGCUCUUCAAUGGAUAGUUGAAGUUAAUGGAAAGCCUACUCCCAAUUUAGAUGCAUUUGUUGAUGUGACGAAGGAAUUGGAACAUGGGGAGUUUGUCCGUGUGCGAACAGUCCACUUGAAUGGAAAGCCCCGGGUACUGACAUUAAAACAGGACUUGCAUUACUGGCCUACUUGGGAGCUAAGGUUUGAUCUUGAUGCUGCAAUGUGGCGCCGUACGAUAAUUAAAUCAUUGGACAGUGGCACACUAUGAACCAAUCCUUGUUGGCUAACAAGAAAUUAAAUCAUUGGACAGCGGCAAAGAACAUCCGUACAUUUACCUGGAAUUGUUGGUGCUGCACAGCAUUGAAAUGGCGCCUUCUUGAUGGUGCCUUGUGGCUCGGCUCUCUCUCUCUAAAUUGAUAUUUGAAAUAGAAACAUAGCAGUUGUGCAGGGAGGGCCAUGGAGUUCAGGUCUACUUGCAUAUUGUAAUUGAAAAUACCUUGGCUGGUCUACUAGUAAAAUGUGUUCACAAGCUUAGACAAUUAUAAAAUUUCAUGUAAAUCAUUUGAUGAUGAGAAAAAUAAAUCAAUAGCUACUUGUCCUUUUGCCUUUUU